AGGGCGGCCGACCUCCCCGCGGGGACACCUCCGACGCCACCAUGCAGCUCCCGGGCCCCCGCCUGUGGCUGGUCCUUCAGGUGAUGGGCUCGUGCGCCGCCAUCAGCUCCAUGGACAUGGAGCGUCCGGGCGACGGCAAGUGCCAGCCCAUCGAGAUCCCGAUGUGCAAGGACAUUGGCUACAACAUGACCCGCAUGCCCAACCUGAUGGGCCACGAGAACCAGCGCGAGGCCGCCAUCCAGCUGCACGAGUUCGCGCCGCUGGUGGAGUACGGCUGCCACGGCCACCUCCGCUUCUUCCUGUGCUCCCUGUACGCGCCCAUGUGCACCGAGCAAGUCUCCACCCCCAUCCCCGCCUGCCGGGUCAUGUGCGAGCAGGCCCGGCUCAAGUGCUCCCCGAUCAUGGAGCAGUUCAACUUCAAGUGGCCCGACUCGCUGGACUGCAGCAAACUCCCCAACAAGAACGACCCCAAUUACCUGUGCAUGGAGGCGCCCAACAACGGCUCGGACGAGCCCGCGCGGGGCUCGGGCAUGUUCCCGCCGCUCUUCCGGCCGCAGCGGCCGCACAGCGCGCAGGAGAACCAGCUGAAGGACGGGGGGCCCGGGCGCGCCGGCUGCGACAACCCGGGCAAGUUCCGCCACGUGGAGAAGAGCGCGUCGUGCGCGCCGCUCUGCACGCCGGGCGUGGACGUCUACUGGAGCCGCGACGACAAGCACUUCGCCGUGGUCUGGCUGGCCGUGUGGUCCGUGCUCUGCUUCUUCUCCAGCGCCUUCACCGUGCUCACCUUCCUCAUCGACCCGGCGCGCUUCAGAUACCCCGAGCGCCCCGUCAUCUUCCUCUCCAUGUGCUACUGCGUCUACUCGGUGGGCUACAUCAUCCGCCUCUUCGCGGGCGCCGAGAGCGUCGCCUGCGACCGGGACAGCGGGCAGCUGUACGUCAUCCAGGAGGGGCUUGAGAGCACGGGCUGCACCCUGGUCUUCCUGGUUCUCUACUACUUCGGCAUGGCCAGCUCCCUGUGGUGGGUGAUUCUCACGCUCACCUGGUUUCUGGCUGCGGGCAAGAAGUGGGGCCACGAGGCCAUCGAGGCCAACAGCAGCUACUUCCACCUGGCCGCCUGGGCCAUCCCGGCCGUGAAGACCAUCCUAAUCCUGGUGAUGCGCAGGGUCGCGGGGGACGAGCUGACCGGCGUCUGCUACGUGGGGAGCAUGGACGGCAACGCCCUCACCGGCUUUGUCCUCCUCCCGCUGGCCUGUUACCUCAUCAUCGGAACUUCCUUUAUCCUCUCGGGCUUCGUGGCCCUUUUCCACAUCCGGAGGGUGAUGAAAACGGGCGGGGAGAACACGGACAAACUGGAAAAGCUCAUGGUGAGGAUAGGGGUCUUCUCCGUGCUCUACACGGUGCCGGCCACCUGUGUGAUUGCCUGUUACUUUUACGAACGCCUCAACGUGGAGUAUUGGAAAAUCCUGGCCACGCAGCACAAGUGCAAAAUGAACAACCAGACUAAAAACCUGGACUGUCUGAUGGCCGCCUCCAUCCCCGCGGUGGAGAUCUUCAUGGUGAAGAUUUUCAUGCUGUUGGUGGUGGGCAUCACCAGUGGCAUGUGGGUCUGGACAUCCAAGACUCUGCAGUCCUGGCAGAACGUUUGCAGCCGCAGGUUCAAGAAAAAGAGCCGAAGAAAACCGGCCAGCGUGAUCACCAGCAGUGGAAUUUACAAAAAAGCCCAGCAUCCCCCAAAAACCCAUCUCGGGAAAUAUGAAAUCCCUGCCCAGCCUCCCACCUGCGUGUGAAUGGCACUUGGAGGGAAGGCCAGAGCGGAAAACUUUCCCAGGGAGGAUACAGUGGCAGAGUCAGAGCCAAAACAUGGUGCUUUUCUCCGUUGGUUGGUUGGUUGCUUGUUUUGUUUUGUUUUUUCUUUUUUUUUUAAAUAAAAGUAAAAGGAAAAAAAUAAAAAGCUUUUACCCUGAAA